UCCUUUUUUACUUGUGCGACAGCCUCCUAAAUUUUUUUCUUUUUUCUUAAAUAGGGGUGGGGGAGAACGAUAUUCUAGGGUGAUAGAGAUUCCAUAUGCGAUCGAUCGGUUUAUGGGAUUCCGGUGGAGUGGUGGUAGAGAGGACGGUUUUCCGACGCGGUUUUAUAGGCGGAGAUUCUGGGGAUAUAGUGGGAGAAUUAUGCGACGCCACGACCCUGACAAGCGUCUCUUGCUUCUGAACCCCUCCUUUUGAUUAUAAGAGAGAGAGAGAGAGAGAGAGAAUCUUCUCAAAUUAUCUUUUCUUCUUGUCCUCGGUUUCUUCUCUCUCAUUGUGGGUUUCUACCGGAUCUUUGAUUCCCUCUCCUUCUUUUUCCUUUCGUUAAAAUCCCACUUGGGCGGGUUCAAUCUGUGGGUCGUUCUUUUCUCUGUAAGAGAGGAACAAGGGGGUGAAGAAUAAGAAGAAGAUGGGAUCUCCUCUCGAGCUGAAUUUGGACUACAAGCCACCGGCCAAGAAGAAGGGCGCUGGGUUAUCGAUGGAGCAGUUUGUAGGGGGAGACGGAGGCGGCUUGGAAGAGAGACUCAAGUGCUUGGAAGAAGAGAGGAAGAAGAUUGACGCCUUCAAGAGGGAGCUUCCUUUGUGCAUGCAGCUCGUCAAUGAAGCUAUCGAGAAUGUGAAGCAGCAGAUGAAGCAACAAUGCAGAAUGGGCCGCCCGGUUCUCGAAGAAUUCAUACCAGUGAAGAAAUGUUCCUCGGACGAUGAGGAGAAGGGAGAUGGUUUCCUGAGGGAGGAGAAGGAUUGCAGGGAUAAGAUGAACUGGAUGCGUUCCGCUCAGCUGUGGAGCGACAACCACCUUGAUUCUCCUGACAUGAGAAAUGAGAGGAUGGAUGAAGAGUCUGUUCAAUCUGCAAAUUCUCACAAAUUCUCCAUGAAUCGGAGCAGAGCAGCCUUCCUUCAUUUCAAAGAAAAUUCCGCUUUUGCCGCGGCUUCCAAAGAGGAGAAGGAGGUAUCCGCCGAUCUCUCUUUAUCCACCGAAUCCAAGCCCAACUGCGGAGCUCAAUCGUCUUCUCCGGUCCAAUCCGGCACGCAAUCCCAGCAGGCCCAAAGGAAGGCCCGCCGAUGCUGGUCGCCGGAGCUGCACAGACGCUUCGUCAAUGCGUUGCAACAAUUAGGUGGUGCUCAAGUGGCUACGCCCAAACAGAUUAGAGAAUUGAUGAAGGUGGACGGUCUGACGAACGACGAAGUGAAGAGUCAUUUACAGAAAUAUAGAUUGCACACCCGAAGGGCAAACGUCGGUCCCCCGGCGCCGGCCGGCAGCCAGCAGUCGAACCCACUUGUCAUGUUGGGCGGAAUCUGGGUGCCCCAUGAGUACUCUACGCAGGGAAGCCGGAACCCCCAGAGUCUGAAGCAGAGCCCUGCACAGUCGGCGUCUCCUCAGGGCCCCCUCCAGUUCUCCGGUAACCAGAGGGUGAGCCACGAAAGCAGAGAAGACGACGACGAUGAUGACGAAGAGACUAAAUCCGAGAGCUACAGUUGGAAGGGGCACCAGCAGGGAUGUAGGUCGGAGGAAAUUUCUGAGUGAUCGUGAUCGUGAUCGUGAAUUAUUCCUCCUUUGUCUCCCUCUCUCUUUUUCUCUGAGAAUUAUGACCGGGAACAAAAAAAAACAAGAGGAGCGUGAAGAGAGACAGGAUACAUGAGAAGAAUUGUGUGUAAAAGAAAGAACCCGAUGGCACGGUUCAGAUCCGUGGAUAGAUCUCUCCGAUCUAUCGGUUUUUAUCGGAUCGACCUUUCUUUUCUUGUUUUGUUUUUCGGAUAUCCCUCUUCAAUUUUCGAGUUGCUACUGAGGUUUCUGUAUCAUCUUGGCUGAGUAUAUGGAAGAAGAAAACACACAAAACUUUUCCCUCA